AAAAAAAAAGAAUGCAGAGCAUAGAGAAGCUCAUGUAAUGUAAUGAAACUAUAUAAAAUUAGUUGUGGGAGUGUUAGGUAACUAUUGGGGCUGAUUGAGUUUUUUUAUAAUACUUGUUGUACACUUAAUUGCAGAAGGGAUAUGUCAUUCAAUAUCAUGUGGAAAUGGAACCACGAGCAAUUCAAUGAAAUCUCCUAUUGAUGGUAGAAGAGUGCAUGACUUUACUGGCAUGAGAGGCAAAAGUUCAGUUUUUGGAUCAUCACACUUCCUUUGGCUGUCUAUGGGUCACGAUCUGUGCCUUUCAAAGGUUUGUGUUGCUGCAGACUAUUCAGAUUCUGUACCGGAUUCAUCUAAUUACAUGAAUAAACAAGGUUAUCAUCCUCUUGAAGAACUGAAAGUUUCCCACAAUACUCGCCCAGCUAGACUCUCUCCUGCUGAGACAGCAAGAAACACUGUUGAGGCUAAUAGAAAUGCUUUGCUGGUAUUUCCUGGAACUGUACACUCUGAACCACAUGAACAGAUUUCAUGGUCUGAGUUUCAAUAUCUUGUUGAUGAUUAUGGAGACAUAUAUUUCAUAAUCUCUGAAGACGCAAACAUUUUGGAGGAUCGUGGUGCAGAUAACCCAGUGAAUGCUUUGAUUGGAAUGGACAUUCCCAUAUAUGAUAAUAGAAGAACAGCUAGUCAAUAUGACCUUUUUGAUGCUGGAAGCAAUGAGAAAUUCCCAUUUGAUGAUGACUAUGUUGAGGUUCUGGAGAUGGAAGAAUCUAAUUUCCCAGUGAAUUGGGGGCUGCCAGAUACUACCAGCAUUGUUCAUCCUAUUUACUUUUCCAAGUGCUUAACAAAGGCUUUGAACAUGGAAUAUGUCAAGAAAAUGAACCAUCCUUCAAAUGGUGUUUCUAUUUUGGGGUAUCUUAGACCCGCUUUUGUUGACGAAGAGUCAUAUCUGAGAAUGAUAUGUCACCCCGAAGAUGUGGAUGGAUACAACUUGGAACGUAUAGACACUGAAGAAUUACGCUCAAAGAGUUUUAGUGAUCAAAGAGACUCUGGGUUGACACUAUAUCGAUUGGAGAUCCUGAAAAUCAAGUUAUAUUCUGUGUAUGGAUGUCAGUCCGAUAUUAAUUCGCUAGAUUUUCAAGAUGCUGAACCCGAUAUUCUGGUGCACUCUUCUUUGGCAAUUCUGGAACACUUCAACCAAAACUGUGAUGAUGCUCUUAAAGCUCUUUGCAAAAAGAAGGGUCUUGAUAUUGAGGGAGCUUGCUUAAUUGGGGUUGACAGCCUAGGCAUGGAUGUUAGAGUUUUCAAAGGGUCAGAAGUGAAAACGCAUCGCUUUCCAUUCAAAGUGCAGGCCAACUCUGUAUCUGUAGCUGAAAAACAGAUUCGGCAACUUUUGUUUCCCCGAUCUCGCCGAAAGAAGUGUGUGAAGUCAUGGCGGAGUGCUUAGAAUCCGCCAAGAGUAGACUAUCCUAAGCUGAGUUGGUCCUUAUUUUCUGAUUUUCCUUUUCUUUCUGCCUUAAUUAGAGCCUGAUCCGGAGCAAUUAAGAUGUACAUUAAGAUGUAUGAAUAGGUCUAUAAUUUGUACAUUAUUUCCAGGUUAGUCCUAUACCUCAAAUUUUCAUCUAUAUCAUGAAGUUUAGGGAAAAAGGAAGUUAAGGGCAUUGCCCACUUUACUAAGGGGGAUUACUGUAUGCAAGAAUCAAAACUUACCAUAGUCUUUUGAUCCUUGCUGGCUAACUUGUUUCCUUUUCACUUCUCUAAUUCCUUAGUUCAAUAACUCCAAAAAAUUGUAACCUCUUUUUCCUGACAAUAAU